AUGGACACACGAAAAUACGCCGAUCGUGAUAAUGAUAACAUGCCUUUAAAAAUAACGCGCAAAUUUUGCACUUUAAAUCAAAACCAAUUUCCCAUUCAUGCGAUUCGAUUAUAUAAUUCAAAAUCUAAUUCAUUGAGCUAUUCUUUUUUAAUACGUCGCAAACUAACAACUUCAACGAAAACGACUUCCACUCAAACUGAAACGUUAAAAGGCUGGCGUAAAUACGCGGCUCAAUUUCGCUCAAAACCUGGAUCAUAUAUUACUUCAUUUGCAAUUUUACAUGAAUUAACGGCUAUAAUUCCUAUCCCAUUAGUUUAUAUUUUCCUUUCCGCUACAGGAAUCCAAAUCCCUUUUCCUCAACAAAUACUUGAUGAAGGAAAUAAAUUUAUUAAUAAAGCGGUCAUUUAUUAUGGUUAUCCGCCUUUUAAGAAUGGCAGUAAAAUCGCAUUGAAUGCUGCUACAAGUUAUGCCGUCGUUAAGGCGAUAAUGCCUUUACGUAUCGCAGCUUGUGUAUGGAUGACUCCAUGGACCGCAGAGAGAAUCAUAGGUCCAAUCAUGGGAACAUUUAAGCGUAUUGUAGGCAAAAUUAAAAUGCAUUAA